CGCGCAGUUCCCUCCGCGCUCCACCGACAUGAAGACCCCGGGCGAAGUGCUGCGCGAGGGCGAGCUGGAGAAGCGCAGCGACAGCCUCUUCCAGCUGUGGAAGAAGAAGCGCGGCGUGCUCACGCCGGACUGCCUGAGCCUCUUUCCCGCCGGCCCCGGCGCGCGCCCCAAGGAGCUGCGCUUCCACUCCAUCCUCAAGGUGGACUGCGUGGAGCGUACGGGCAAGUACGUCUACUUCACCAUCGUCACCACCGACCGCAAGGAGAUCGACUUCCGCUGCGCGGGCGAGAGCUGCUGGAACGCGGCCAUCACGCUGGCGCUCAUCGACUUCCAGAACCGCCGUGCCCUGCAGGACGUCCGCAGCCGCCGGGAGCGCGCCGCGCCCGCGGCGGCCCCCGAGCCCAGGACGGCCCGCGCGUCCUGAGCCCGCCGCGGAGCCACACACUGGAGGAGUCGGGCCGGGGCCGCGCCGGCAGGAGCCACAAGGUGCAGGGGAUGGCCGGAACCCACCGCUGACCGCGGCGAGGACGGAGGCUGGGGCCGUGUCCCUGCCCCGCAGAUGGGGACCUCCCUUGAGGAGCCGCAAGCCCCACCCCGCUGCGCGGGCACGUUAAAUUAUUGGAUUAUCUAUGUAUUUAUUUUGAUGGUUAUUUGUCGUCAAACCGUAUGUCUUAAUAUUUUGUUUUUGCAUCUGCCAUUCCGAAUAAA